UACUUUUAUUUGAUUUGUUGAAAUUGUAUUUCGAACUUCACAAUGAGCGGCAGAGGUAAAACCGGCGGUAAAGCUCGUGCGAAGGCUAAAACUCGUUCAUCCAGGGCAGGACUGCAGUUCCCCGUCGGUCGUGUGCACAGACUGCUCCGCAAAGGAAACUACGCUGAGCGUGUUGGUGCCGGUGCUCCUGUUUAUCUGGCCGCUGUGCUCGAGUAUCUCACUGCCGAGAUCCUGGAGUUGGCCGGGAACGCCGCUCGGGACAACAAGAAGACUCGUAUUAUUCCCCGUCACCUGCAGCUGGCAGUGCGGAACGACGAGGAGUUGAACAAACUCUUGGGUGGGGUGACCAUCGCUCAGGGUGGUGUGCUGCCCAACAUUCAGGCUGUGCUGCUGCCCAAGAAGACCGAGAAACCCGGCAAGACCAAGUAAACGGACUCCAGUCUGUUUAAACCCAAAGGCUCUUUUAAGAGCCACACACUUGAACUAAUAAGAGUGACUUGUUCUUAUGUUUUAAUGCAAAAUAAAAACUACAUAUAAAAGUAGCACAACUCCGCAGAGAUAUAUGUAAUGAAAGACUACAAGAUCUGUUUCUCAAAUAAUGUGCAGCCUUAAACACGUGAAAUCAAACGUGCAUGAAGCAACACAUGAUCAAUCAAGUGGUUUUUCAGUCGUUAAUUUUGGCUCUAAAGUACAGAUGGCAUUACUAAUCAAGCAGGUGUGUAAUGGU